AUGCGUAGUUCCACUGGAUAUACGCCACACCAUGCCCACUAUGGCUCGGAGCGUGAUCGUUGGGCAAAAUUAUCCUAUGCUCCUCCUCCAUCUCAAACAAUCUCACUCGAAAUUUUGGCUGUUCAUGAGGGAGGUAGCCGGAAGAAGGGUGGGCGUGGUACACCUUUCGGGAGUAUCUGUGAAGGAAAAAAGGAUAUAGACGCUCAAAUUGACGCCCCAGGUCUCAUGCAAAUAGCCCUUGAUACUGUUUAUCUGAAGAUUCAAUCAUUCUGUCCUGCCUUUCAGUGGCAGUAUGAAGAAUUUGUCAUCCGAGACUCACGAUGGGAUGAGGCUACCCACCAAGCUCCAAUGGCUACUACAGCUAUCUCUGAAGCCUCCUUUGAUGUCUUCCAGGGCGAAGACUACCUUGCCACUGAGGUACCACUUCCUGAAGUUCCCUUAAAGAGGACCCACCUCCGUACAGCCAGUAGCCUUAGUUCUACAUCCUCAUCUACAUCACCACCGCUAAAGAAAGCUGCUUCUGCCAAUAUCUUUCGGUCACCUGAUCGUAAUGAGUUGAAAGAAGCACUCCGAUCUGGCGGAAUAGCAAAUGUAGAUGUGCAGAGUGUGUAUGACCUACAGAACGAAAAUGUCCAGCUGUACUGGAUUGCUACUCGCCCAAUGUCCGAAAUUCUGGAAAAUAGCAAGUAUCAGUCGUUCACAUUGCAUACUGCAGAAUUGGCAACUGGGCAAAUGACAGUCGACACAUCCUCUGCCAAUCUCAUCGGCCAAGGUGGAUUCAAGACUGCCCAUCCUGGGUGGUUAACACUCGCGUUACACAUUCCUACAACUGGACUAGGUUCAAUCCCACAUCAGAAAGUCGUAGUCAAGAGACCUUUCAUCAAGAUAUUUUCUCCAAAUGGACCAUCGGCAGGCACAUACAAAGUUGGAUGUUACGCUGUGGCCGACAAAUUGUCUAAGCAGUUCAAGGAAGCCAAUGUCCUGUACUGGGCAAAUUUGUUGUUAGAUCUCACCUAUGCAUUCGUUAACCAUUGUGUUGCAGCCUCGUCAAACCCCCCUCCUUUUGAGAUUCCACGUCUUCAUUUUAUUCAUGCUGGACUCACACUAUCCUUCCUACCUGGCCAGAUGAUCAUUACUAAACCAGAGGAACUUAUUCCGGGUGGGCCAGACGCCUUCGUGAAAUUCAUUCACAACACAGACUGCGAUCCUCUCCUUGAUCCUGGCAAGGACAGGUACAGUACAGCACUUUUCUUGGCAUUUACUCAACAUGUUCAGUAUGAGAAGACCGGUGGAUUGGCAUAUAUCUUCGACUAUCAGGGUGUGUAA